AUGCCGCCUUGUGUCCAUCAACCUAAGGUGUUAAACCUCAUGUACUUUUUACAUCGGCUACCGAGCUCAGACCGUAACACAGCCAAACUGCUUGGCGGCAGAAAUAAGCUCGGUGGUAGUACUUCCUCGGGCGAGCUCUGUGACCACUCUACUGCUUUUGUCUGUGUUGUAUAUUGUAAAUUAUUAUUUAAUGAAACGCUCCCGCCGAAGCUGCUCUGGCCUGACGUGUCGCUCCGUGUUGCAGUGCUGUCGUGCGGCGAGGCGGGCGGCGGCGCGCGCGCGGGCGGGCGGGCGCGGCGCUACGUGGGGCUGUACACCGGGCCCUACUUCGACCCCUCCGCGCCCAACAACCUCACGGCGCAGCUCGGCACGCACGCCUACCUGCCCUGCAAGGUGCGGCAGCUGAGCAACAAGUCGGUGUCGUGGAUCCGGCGCCGCGACGCGCACAUCCUCACCGUGGACCGCUUCACCUUCAUCGCGGACGAGCGGUUCCAGGCCUUCCUGGUCGAGGCCACGGACACCUGGACGCUGCAGGUGAAGUACGUACAGGCACGAGACGCGGGCGUGUACGAGUGCCAGGUGGGCACGGAGCCCAAGAUGAGCCACUUCGUGCAGCUCAACGUCGUCGUGCCCAAGAUCGAGAUCGUGGGCGAGGCGGACCUGUACGUGAAGGCGGGCAGCACGGUGAGCCUCAAGUGCGUCAUCACGCAGGCGCUGGAGGAGCCCGCCUACAUCUUCUGGUACCACAACGACGAGCGCGUGCUCAACUACGACCGCAGCCUCGUCGAGAUCCGCAUGGAGCGGCGCGCGCCCGACACUACGGUCGGCAACCUCAUCAUCUACAACCCGCGGCGCGAGGACUCCGGCAACUACUCGUGCUCGCCCUCCAACCUCGACUCCGCCUCCGUCGUGCUGCACGUGCUCAGCGGCUGCAGUGCCACGACGACGCCGCGCCGCAAUAGCGGCCGCCGCGCGCGCCGCCGCUCUGUACAAUGUGUAAAUACUACUAUAAAUGAUGAAGUAUACAAACUCUGUCGAUGCAGCGCGACUGCGCCCGCGCGGCCCCCCCCCCGGUGCCGUCGGCAGUCAUAGCGGAGCGUUGCGCUGGCGAUAGUGAUUUCCCACAAAGAACAUUAGCGAUAAGUUCCGCGUCCGCGGCUCCCGGACGCGCCGUCUUCACAUCGAAGUCGUUUAAUUCCGAUCCGAUGUCGCCGAGCGACACGCAGUGACCUUGAGUUCGUAUUAUAGUUUGUACCGGCACCGAACGCCCCGCCGCGCUCGUGGCCCGCGACCGCCAGUGGGGCCACGGGCUCGGCAGGGCGGGGACGGUCAGCGUUUGUUAAUUUGACGAAGAGCAGUGAUACGGAGUUAAAGUAAGUUUGAUUCGUCGACA